GCAGAAGAAUACAAACAGUGUGAGUUUCCAAGGAAGGAUUGUCUCGGAUCAUUCAGUAGGCAAACAACGUUUGGUGAUUAACUUUAUACAUUUAAGAAAUGGCUCGUACCAAGCAGACUGCGCGUAAAUCCACCGGAGGAAAGGCGCCUAGGAAGCAGCUGGCCACAAAGGCUGCGAGGAAGAGUGCGCCCUCUACCGGAGGAGUGAAGAAGCCCCAUCGUUACAGGCCCGGAACCGUGGCUCUGCGUGAGAUCCGUCGUUACCAGAAGUCGACCGAGCUGCUGAUCCGCAAGCUGCCCUUCCAGCGUCUGGUCAGGGAGAUCGCUCAGGACUUCAAGACAGACCUCCGUUUCCAGAGUGCGGCCAUCGGUGCUCUUCAGGAGGCUAGCGAGGCCUACCUGGUGGGUCUGUUUGAGGACACCAACCUGUGCGCCAUCCAUGCCAAGCGUGUCACCAUCAUGCCCAAAGACAUCCAGCUGGCUCGCAGGAUAAGGGGCGAGAGGGCCUAGGAACCCCACCCCCUUGGCUUCGUCCAGACUAAUAAUCCUAUUUAUCAUACCUAACCCUUUUUUGUGGACAUGUUAUUUCUUGGGUAUUUUUAAAAGGAGUGUUCCUGAUUUAUACUUUUAUUUUUUUUGUAUUUUAGAACGAGGUAAAGAUCUGUCAUUCCACUAUUCUGGAUUAUGGGUAUUGUUCAGUGACCCAUUGACAUAUCUAGGCGUUUCUGCCCGGCUUCAAACUGGAGGCAUCUUGGGUGGGGGGGCGGGCGGGCGGGCGGUGGAUUGGGGGGGGGGCUGUGUAAUAGGUGUUCAGAAUGGGUGAGUUUGCUGUUCUCCACUUCUGGGGCGGUUGCCUCCAAUGCCCCACCCCCUGUCACUCAUCAGCCGUCUCUCUCACACUCUCCUUAAGCGGUUGGCUCCACAAAAGGCGCCACACUUUCAACCGACCUCCUGACCCGCCUGGCUUUUGACCAGCUGGAUGGCCAGGUGUCAGGGUCUCUUUGUGCUACUGCUCUGGGUGGGUGAUCGGGGGGGGGGGGGGGGGGGCACAGCAGGGAGGCUCACUGUGGUCGUUCAGGACUGCUUUUUACAUAUUACUUUUCCUACAUAAAAAGAACCUUGGCAGCUACAUUUAAUACUAUUUAUGACGUGUUGUCACAUUGUAGUCUUUCUAUUAAAUGUCUUUACGAGUA